UAAAACAAUAGUCCAUAUCAAAAACUUUAUUCAUCACAGUAGUAUGCAACCAAACUAAAACAAAAGAAGAAAAGGAAAUCCCAUUUUUCUUCUCAAUCAAAAAUCUAUAAAUAAGGGUCCUUUGGCUUUGGCUUCUCCAUUCAUUACUUUUCUCUUUUGUAUUGAAAAUAGAAGGUGAGGAGAGGUAGAGAUAUAUAUUAAUGGCUUCUUCUUCUUCUCCUCGACUUUCCUUUUACUUCUCUUUCUUGCUUCUCCUCCUCCUCACUACUGCCAUGGUAGCUUCUGCCGCUCGCCAUGCACCUCCAAUUCCAAUUUCGAGCAAUGAGAGAAAUGAUGAAGGGAUGAUUGGGUUACAAGACUAUGGUGAUGCACGUGCCAAUCAUAGACAUGAUCCUCACCAUCCUCUAACUGUCAACAAAGGGAACAAGAAGGAAUUGGAUGGUUAAUGAGAAUUAGAGGAUAUUAUAAUGGCAUUAUGAUCAAGUGGUGGAAGCAACUAUUUGGUGUGUGUUGAGAUAAUUAAUACAAGAAAUAGAAAUUUUUCACACACUAUAUGAUAUUUUUGCAUAUCCCUUUAGUUUUAUAUAUAUCAAAUUUAAAAGAUUAUAUAUUGUAACUAUUUACUAAUUAACGUUAAGGUAAUUAAUUUUCUAUUAUUAUCAUUA